CGGGUAUCUAAUGGUGGUCAGGACGUAUCUGGUUGUUGGAGGAAUUUCGUACGCUGGGCGGGAUGGGGAUUUUGGUGGUUUUUUCGGCGCUCGGCUGUGGGCCCUCCUUUCCGCCACAUCUGGAUUGGCGGGGUUGGUGCGCGCGCAGGGCAAAUUUUUCUCACGUGGAGCGCCACGUGAUGACCUUCAACCGCAACGUCGGCGACAUGGUCGUUCAUCGCGGGUUCGUGUGAGAGGCCAAGGAGAAAACUUGACGUGAAUUCUCAUAUCGGGCAAUGGCAUGCACAUUGGUUAUGAUAUGACAGACAAACCGAGCAGGAAGACCCUCCACGCCUCGACUCUCCCCAAGUCAUGGAGAGUGAGCCCCUCCAACAAGCGGCAGCAGGUCUGCUGGCCAACCCAGCGCAGCUGAUUAAAUGGCUUGAGACAACAAAAGACCCAGAGACACAGACAAGAUGUGCCGCUGCUCUGUUCGAUCAGCUGCUCGGUGAAGCAGGCCAGCCAAAGUCGGUUUCCGGGCAGGCCUGCGUGAGACUAUGCGGUCUUGUGGAGCAGUCAACCAAGGCUGAAUCGGAGGAUCUGAGGAGAUGGGCCUUCUCUCACAACGUCACCCUCAGGCUCUUCAACUUCUUCAUGGACUGGAACGAAUCUGAUCAGCACCGGUCCAUGAAGCUCGUCCUCGACCUGGUUGUGCAACUCAUCAAGAAGAACCCCCAGCAAGAAAGUGCACUCGCAACAAGACAGUCCCUCCUCGAUGACCUCAUCUCCGUUGUCACCGGGCGCUCCACGAAGCCUGUGGCCAAGUCGGCUAUCAAGUCUCUCGAUCACUUUCUAACAAGGGGGGUCUUUACUCUCGGCGAUAUCCGGUCCUGUUACGAGAGCCACAAGCCUAGACCAGCUGACAGGGACGACGUAGAAGUCUGGAGGCUGUUCAUGGUCGACCUCUUUCGUUGGCUGCGGCUGCACUUUGUCUGCCCCACGGCAGGCAAGUUCAUCGUCUCUGUAUACCGAUACUGGCAUCGGGGGGCCGACAGCGAAACAAGUGUCCCAAGCAUGAAGACAUGGUACAAGUGGCUCCUGGACUUUGCAACUGAGGAACCAACGCUACUCGAGUCUAUCAAGAACUACAUCUUCUUGCCACUCUUGAAAGCGGAUCGGUCCGAGGCGCUGCGGUUUCUUGGCAUGAUGAAUGAGGACAAGGCCGUCGCUGGUGCGGCGAGCUUGGACCUUGACAUGCCUGCCCUGCUGCAGCUUGCCGCUCUGGAAGCCGGGAAGAAGGUCGGCCUCGUCGAGGAACCAGCUCUUGGGGGCGAUGACUCUCAGGACACCGAAUCGAUCACAGUCCAAGAAAAGACGUUGGACCGAGUGUUGGCGCACCCGUCGCAUGAAGUCCGCGCUUUGGCAAUGUCUUUGCUCAUCACGUCGCCGUCCACCACAAGGCCCUACUCGUUUGCGGCCUUGGAGCUGCUGCGGAAGCACCUUGGCGCGUUCUUUACCGACGCCGACGCCAAAUUCCGCAUGGAAAUCGCGGGCAAAAUUCGAGACAUGUUCAAGCGAGUACGGGGCGCCAUCCAUGUCUUGAAGCGAAGCAUACCUCGUGUCCGAGCAAAGGCCCGCAAGGCAAACUUGGCGGCCGCCGACGCCGACAUUGCCUCUCAACCGAUCCUCUAUCGCUCCAAUCUCAUCACGCUCCCAGAGGCUCAGCUUGUGCACUGCCUCGGCUACCAUGAGAAGUUCUUACGGUGGUACAUCGGCUUUCUCUGCAGCGAACUGACGCCGACGGCAUCUUACCAGAGGCACGUCGCGUCCCUCAAGGCGCUCAUGUUCAUCACUCGCCUAGAAGGAGAAGCGGGCAAGGCGUGGGAGACGGCCGACGACCAAGUUCUCUUUUUCGAUCUCUUCGACGACAGGUGGGCGCGAGCGCUGUUUGACCUGCUCAUGGACCCCUUCGAUGACGUAAGAGACAUGUCUGCCAUGGUCUUGAAACGGAUAUAUGCCGACGACAGGUACCGUCACUUUGUCCUUUCGGGCCACGAGACCAGUACCAGUGGCCGGCGCGUUUCGGAAACUCUGGUCAAGGUUGCACAACGGGCAGAGAACCUUGCGCAGAGGACUUCCAGGGCCGACCACUCGGACGGGGCGUCGAGAGCCUGGCAGCUGGUAUUUCGGUUCUUGGACACGGGUGAGAAGCAGGUGGCGUUCUUGGCCAAGAUGAUUGACGAGCUUAGCCGCAAGACGUCGAUGGCCGAGACCGACCUUGGCCGCGCCGUUCUGGAAGCCCCCUUGCACGGCGAUAUAUCCUCGCUGAACCACAUUUGGCAAGUGGUCUCGGAACUCGAGCUUGCCGAUGCUGAUCUCACAGCCGUCCAAGCCUUGCAGUCUAGGCUCGUGUCAUGCUGCAGUAGGGUCUGGGAUGCCGUCAAGGAUGUCCUUUGCGACGACUCACCCGAGGGCCACUUACCACAGGAGCUGGAGGACAUGGAGGGCCUCGACACCAAGGGGUUGUUGAGCUUCAGCUUUCGUGCCGUCCACGAGUCCAGCAAUCUCAUGCGAACCAUGAUCUUAUCCUUCCGCAAUGGGUCGCGGGAGGGCUUUCUAAUACCGGACCCAGAGACUUUUGAGAGUAUCGGAAACCUCACUUUCAAGGAGCUUGUCAACUUGCGACACCGGGGCGCGUUCACAACGGUAGCCCUGACCUUUGCCACGUGCUGCCAAAACGCAAAGCAUGUGAAGCAGGGCGCGGUGCUGCUCGACUGUUGGUAUCAGGGGACCAUGAAUGCCAUCUUCACGCAAGCGUCCACCACUCGGAGAUCUGCCGGCAUACCUUCGUUGAUGACGGGCAUCCUCUCCGCCAACGCCAGCCACCCUUCCUUUGAGCGUGUCAUGGAGGAGCUCAUGGGCAUUGCGCGCAGAGAAGCGCGCGUCGCCGAGACGGACGGCUCUAACCUUCCCCAGGUUCAUGCAUACAACUGCCUCAAAGACAUCUUCAAGAACUCGAUGCUGACCUCGAUGGGCAACAAGUCGGAGGGCUAUCUCCCGCAGUGCCUGGAGCUUGCGGCGAGCGGGCUGCGGUCCGAGGUCUGGGCCAUCCGCAACUGCGGGCUCAUCUUCCUGCGCAGCCUCAUCGACUGCCUGUUCGGCUCGCAGGAGAGCAAAUCCAUGAUCGAGGCCGGGUGGGACGGCAAGGCCAACAGGAUCGCCUACCACCGGUACCCGAGCCUGCCCGCCGUCCUCCGGAACCUCCUCAAGUCGGGGCACCAGACGCUGGCCCAGGCCGCGGCGACGGCCUCGUCCACCGCCGCCGAGUCGGUGUUCCCGGCGCUGGACAUCAUCCGCCGCGCCGGACCUCCGGAGCUGCUUCGCGACGAGAUACAGGUCCACGUCGCCGUCUACUUGUCGAGUCCCGUCUGGCACGUGCGAGAGCUGGCCGCCCGGACCCUCACAUCGUGUCUGCUGCACGACAAGUGGCUGCAGACAAUCAGGAGCAUCUUUCGAGACGCAGUCUCUUCGAGGACGGGGGAUCGACAGAAUCACAUCCACGGCGUCCUUUUGGCGCUAAAGUUCGUCAUUGAGCGCCUCAGCGAGGUCGCAUUGGAUCAACUCAGGGUUGAUCUCGAGGAACUUGUUGAGUUUCUCACUUUGGCGUCUGUGGAUACUAAAUUCCCCAACUGUCCCGAAAUCUCAGCUGCCUACUUGGCCGUGGUCAAUCUCAUCUGGGUCGUCUCGAGGUCGAGUUCCCAAGCCCUCCUCCCGAUCACGGUCACGAUGCCGAUCAACAGCGGGUCCGCGCUGCUGAGGCACCAGCAGAUCAUAUACGCGAUGCACGACGCCGCAACUGGAAGCCAUCCCGUCCGUCGCAUAAGGCAACUGCUCUUGGACCAAAGCCCUGCCGCGGACUGCUCCGUGACGGGCCUGGAGACUCUCCCUGGUCUAUGGGACGUGGCUACGUCGCCGCGAGAAACCCUCGCCGAGCUCAGCGCGCUGUACAUCGAUGUGUGCCUGAAGACGAGGCUCAUGGAAGCCCAGGUCGUCGCGAUUCAGAACCUCGCCGAUAUCGUUGACGAGCUUCUCCGGCGCAAUGAGGCACAGGCCCUACCGACAGGUCGUCUCAUCGAGCUAUGGUCUACGCUGUCGUCGCAGCCCCUCAACCCAGCCCUGGCGAAUGCCGUCAUCAGAGCUAGUGGAAGCAUAGUGGCGGCUCUGAGGAGGAGUCGGGAUGCCUCCAAGGUCAGCGUACAUGACUGGGGCCUGAUGAUGGCGGAUGCCGGUCUGGACGACAAGGUUUGCACACAGCCAGCAACGGAAGCGCCAGCAUGGCAUGGGCUAACUCGUCGCAGACGUUUGACACGCGCUUUGCGGCUGUCGAGUCGCUUCGCGCAUUCCACGCCGCCGCCGCCGCCGCCGCCGCUGCCCCCGGCGAUGCUCACGCGCCCGAGGAACACCUCUCCGCGCUCCUCGCCGUAUACGACGCCCUGAAUGACGACGACGACGAGGUGCGUGAGAUGGCCUGCGCCUCAGCGACCGCCAUCCUCGGCGAGUCGCUCGUGCCCAUGGAGGCCGCCUCCCGCCUGCUCGUCUGGCUGGCCGCGAAGCUGGGGGACGACGGCCCGCGCUUCAGGACCGAGGUCGCCAGCCGGCUGGUCGGCCACUGCGGCACCCACGCCCGGGACGCAGCCGCGUGGCGGCCCGCCGGGGAAGAGCUCGCCCGCGCCCUCGAGUUCGACGACUCGCUCUUCGUGGUGGAGGAGCAGAACCUCUUCGUCGACGAGGUCCGGGAGGCGGACCGCUGGGCCGGGGCGUUUGAGAGCCUGCGCUGGAACGGCGACGAGGAGCCCCUGGCGAGGCUGGACGGCUGGCUCGUCGGCGGCGUCGCGGAACUGGCGAGGCUGGCGAGGCGCGAGGACGGGCCCCUGGGGUGGGCGUCCAACCCGGACGUCUUUGCCAUCUGCACGCGCGUGGUGCGAGGCUCGGCGGCGUUGGCCAGGUGCAAUGCCUCCUCGCCCGAGCUCGCUCAAGCCGUCUCAACGGUCAAGGCGGCACUGCAGUCACACGAUGCCUGUGUCUCGAGGCUUCUCACUGCUGGGUGGGAAGACGAGCCGUGAGAGGCUUACGUUUUGAAGAUAUAAAAGGCGGAUGUGGCCCCAGAUACGAUUCAUUCGAAACAAAAAGACAGGAUAAAUAGAAGAAUAUAGAC